GUCAUCGACACCAGACGCACGCUCACCAGAUUACCAGCAGCAACAAUGCUUUUCUACUCGUUUUUCAAGUCUCUGGUGGGAAAGGACGUGGUGGUGGAGCUCAAAAACGACCUGAGCAUCUGUGGGACGCUUCAUUCUGUUGACCAGUAUCUGAACAUUAAGCUCACAGACAUCAGUGUCACGGAUCCAGAGAAAUAUCCACACAUGCUGUCUGUGAAAAACUGUUUCAUCCGUGGAUCUGUGGUCCGGUACGUUCAGCUACCCGCAGAUGAAGUGGACACUCAGCUACUGCAAGACGCUGCACGAAAAGAAGCAAUGCAGCAGAAGCAGUGAUUUUCCUGCAGGAUGGGGUUUAGUUCGGGGAGGGUGGUGGGGUGCAAUUUUGGUGACUGAUGAUGAUGAGUAGUUUAAGUUCUGAGUUAAUUUCAUUUAAAGAUGAUAAGUACAGUUUGUCCAGCUCUUGUACUUAAGCUGUAUUUGUCGUUAGCCUCUGCCCCAUCAAU